ACUUCCGAAAUCUAUAAAGCAAAGGGAAGUUGUUGAAUGGAUGAAUAUUUGUGACAACGUUAGAACGAAAUUCUUUAACUCAAUUUUCUGCAACGGUGAGACUUUCCUGGACCAAAGCCUUUACACUGAAGAGGAUCGAACUUAUAGUGACGCCUAAAAGGUUCAUUAAUUAUUUAAUGGCUUGUCCUUUGGAACAGCAACGAGGAAGAUGUGACACACUUUUAACUAAUUCAUCAGGACGCAACAAAUGUGCAAUGCAGUCGGCAAAGAAACCAGUCUAACAUAUGGAAGCAGAAAAGACUAGAAAUAACAAGGUAUGAGUUGUGGCUUAUGUGUGAUUACUAAUUUUCUAAUUUCCUUUGGACAAACAAGCAAGAAGAUAUCUAAGUAUCACUAAAAAGUAAAACUUAUCUGAAGACGGUUAUUUUUUUUUUAAUUGAGGUCGAAUAACAUAUUCUUAAUUUCGUUAAAAUGACUAUAUAAUGGGUGUUGAUUUAGAAGGUUUCACUAGUAAAGGCCCAGUCUUUUGAAAAUCAGUUUUUGUAAACUAUCAAAUAUUUGGAGAAAAAAAAAUACAUUGACUUAAUUUUAAAAAGGCUUGCAUUUUAAUUAAUCAUAUAUAUACAUUCGUAAUCUUAUACUUAUUUUUCUUUUCCAUUUUACAAAACGCGAACAUUUGAAGAACAGAUGAAGAAACAGAAGAGGAACAUAUACAGAGAAGACACAGAUGGAGAGAACUGAAAGACAUGACAUGACUGACAAAUUACAAGGACUCUCACGGGAGAGCCAACAUCACGCGAGACAUGAUAGGUUCAUCCCAUCCUUCAUUCAUCAUCACCAAUCAUUUACUAAUUAUAAGAUUUAUUUCCAGGUUUCUAAACUUCUAAAAAAGGGCGUUUAUAAUUUACUUUACUAUGAUUUCAGAAUCAACUACAGAUAGUGUUAGAUGGAACUUGACGUCUGUUCCGGAGCGCCAUGAUGUUAGUUGUCUGUCCGAUUCCAUAUCCGUGUUUAUUCCAUCAGAUCUGUUGUCACAUUAUUAUUCGACAUGGCGUGAUCCUCACUGCCAAGUACAGGACAACGGUACCCAUUAUGUUUCGACCAUUUCACACACAUCGUGCGGAACAACCGUGAUCUUCACCAAGGAUGAAGUCAUAUUCGAGAAUGAACUAAUUCUACACAAAUCUGGAUCAUCAAGCAAUCAAGCAUUAACCAACAGCUCUAUCGACUUCGAUAGUCCUAAUUCUGAGGUAAUUCCGGUGCAGUGUAUCUAUCCUCGAAGACAAAAUAUAACAACUUUAUACAGACCUGCGCAGUCGCGAGUAAGGUUCUACGAAAAGCGAUAUGGGCACAUGGACGUUCAGCUAGAACAGUAUAAAACUGGCAAGUUUGUUACCCCUCUUCCAGUCCAUUCCUUCCCAAACGAAGUAGAAAUAAACAAGGAUAUGUAUUUCAUACUCCAUGCAAUGCAUGUUAAUUCGACAGAUGUGGCAGUAAAGGUGGACUCAUGUGUGGCAACACCGUCAAUUAUGCCGGCGGAUGGUCGAAUUUAUCAGCUUCUUGACCACGGUUGUCCAGCAUCCCCUGCAGUCAAAGUAUAUCCAUCAUCAUUUGAUGAAGUUAGGUUCAGUGUUCGAGCAUUUGAAUUCCGAACCAGUCCAGGUGGUAUUGUCUACAUUCACUGCCAAGUUUCAGUGUGUUCUCCUACAAAUCCACAGUGUGUCACUGGAUGUGCCCACAGACACCGCCGUGAUGUUUCCAAAGAGGACGGCGGUAGCCAUCUUGUAUCUGGGGGACCAUAUGUAUUAGUGGCGGAUAAAGGUGGUCUGCAAGUAUCAACAGUUGUAGCAGGUGUUUGUGCAAGUGUAGCUGUGGUUGCCACUGUAAUUGCUAUAAUUGGAUGGAAACGCAAGUCUAGUGCCUCAACUUCCGGUUCCACAUUUUAGAAAACAUUGGAAAACAACCAUAUCAGAACAAAACACUUUUUUGUGUGUUUUAUUUAUAUAAUCAGAGAACUCCAUGCAUAAUUCCUAAGUAAUUAGAAUAUAUGUGAUUAUCGAAACCCAGAACAUAACACAAAUCUUUUAUUUGUGAUAAAUUAUUUGUGAUUUUUAGAUUAAUUUCAGUCUAUUUACAAUUGAUUAGCUUUCAACCAGUAAUUACUUACAAAUUUCUGUUCAUUUUUUUAUAUUCAAAUAGUUUUGAUAAUGAUUUAAAGACUUAAUUGUGCUUAUGUUCAUAAUUUUAUAAAUUAAAGAAAAAAUGUUUUCAGAAA